AGUCCGGUCCGGUCCAGUGCGCCCCGCCCCGCUGCGUCGUCAGUGUCAGUCAUCACGCCGGUCAGCUCAGAGCCGCCGCUACGCGCUACGAUACGAUGGGGUCGGCGCACGGCGCUCUGGCCGCUUCCAUGCAGGAGAUCCAAGACGCCCAGGCCGCCGCCCAGGCCCAGGCUGCCGCCCAGCAGGGCCCCGGCGAGGGCCCGUGCCACUGCUGCGACAGCCGCCGCGUGCUGGGCGACCUGGAGUGCCCCUUCACGUGGGCCGUGCCGCCCAUGGGCCCCGAGGAGGCCGCGUACGCCGAGGACAAGAUGUUCAUGUGGGCCGAGCCGUACGUGGCGGCCGCGGACAAGAUCGCCCUGGCGUACAGCCGCCACUGCGAGGGCCGCCACUGGGAGGCGCGCGCCCACCUCGUCGAGUGCUACAUGUUCCUCAUGGCCGCCGACGUGCCGUCGUCCGCCUGGCCCCGCCGCUGCGAGGUCUACGACGUCUACAGGGACGGCUUCCGGCACGUGGUGGACGCGUGCUGGGCGGGCAUGUGCCUGCCGGAGCGGAGCGAGUACCACACGGGGCGCCACGUGCGCCGCGCCGACAGCCCGGACACCUCCGUGCAGGACUUCAUCAAGACCAUCAAGCCCUUCAAUCGGCUCCACCGCCGGCAGCAGGCGGCCGCGCUCACGCUCAAGAGCCGCUUCAUGACCGACGAGGGGUGAAAGUGGUGGAGGGAUGGGCGAAGACUGAGCCGAGCUACGAGGAAGUGGCCCUGCUGCGGGACGCCUACCGACAGCGGCCCAACCCCGACACCAUGACCCGCCUGGCUAAGACGCUGUUGGAGUCCAAGAAGUUCUUCGAGGAAGGGAAACGGCUCCUCGACGACGCUCUCACCCUGCACCCGAAGUGUCCGGCCGUCCUCUACCAGGCCCUGAACAUUUAUCCCUCGAUUCAAGUUCCAUGGGCUUUAGAAGAAGAGAUGUACCUGCGUACCCUUGAGUUGACGAAAGACCACGCUCACAUCUACGUAAAGCUGGGUAUGCGUUACAUGUCGAUGGGGAAGCAAGCUUUAGCCAAUCCGCUGUUCGCCCAAGGACUGACCAAAAACAGGUUAGCAGCGCAAGCCUUCCUCGAAGUCAUGAAGGGGACAGUAUCGGCCUCGAAGGACACGUGUGCCGAGUAUUCGGCGCAGCAGAAAUAAGUAAUUUUCUUAGUGUAGUGUAUUUUGUUUGUUCUAAAACAAAGCUUUUGUUUCAUUGUACCAGUACGUACUUUUUUAUUUUUAUUUUUCGAUGACCGUCUACUUGAAAUCAAAAUAUCUCAACGUAAGUAAUCAGUUUUCUUGCUGGUUAAUGUGGUUGUAAAGGAGUUGCGAAGGAGAAGGUGCAAGUAAAACAAGUCUCAAUCAUA